GCCCAGCGAGCAUCGGCCACUGCUCGCCACCGUCCGCCACCGCCCGCCACCGUCCGCCACCACCCGCCGCCACCGCGCCUCCAGCCCGCCGCCGCCGCCCGGCGAUGCCUGAGUUCCUCGCUGCCCGCGCCUGGCCGCUCCUGCUCUUCCUGGGCGUCCAGCUCGGCACGUCCGUCGGCGCGUCCCAGCCGUGGCGCUGUGCGCCCUGCUCCGCCGAGAAGAUCGCCCAGUGCCCGCCCGUGCCCGCCUCUUGCCCGGAGGUCGCCCCGGCGCCUGGCUGCGGCUGCUGCCCGACGUGCGCCCUGCAACUGGGCGCGGCGUGCGGAGUGAAGACCGAGCGCUGCGCCCGCGGGCUCAGCUGCCGCGCCUUACCCGGGGAGCCGCGGCCCCUGCUCGCCCUCACCCGCGGCCAGGGAGCAUGCGUCCCCACGACCGACGCCGCCGAGGCUGAGGCUGCCCACAGCGCAGAGGCCGCAGAUGUGAGGGGCUCUACCGAAUCGGGGAAUGUGUUCUCGAAGAGCACGGAGAUGACCCAGCAGGAGCUCCUGGACAAGUUCCAUAUGAUGUGUUCUUCCAGUGAGGAGCUGCUGGUGCUCUGGAAUACUGUCAGUAACAACGAGAAUCUGAAGGUUUACCAGACUUUGGAUAAGGGGCCAUGCCAAAGAAAACUCUACAAAGUUCUGGACAAAUUAGUCAAGGCUCAGAGCAACGGAGAAAGCAUUUACCAAUUUUAUCUGCCAAACUGUAACAGGAAUGGAUUUUAUCACCUCAAACAGUGUGAGACAUCAUUGCAUGGAGAGAUCGGGUUCUGCUGGUGUGUCUAUCCUUGGAAUGGAAAAAAAAUCCGCAGGAUCCCGAAGAUCAAAGGAGACCCCAAAUGCCGUCAGUAUCUUAAUUUGGAAAACUGAGUGCAGAUGAAAUGCGAUUGUUCCUUCAUGUGGAAUAUUUAAGCACAUAUAGCAUAUAUUUAUAUUCUAGAACAUGCACACUUUUAUAUAUAUGUAUAUGUAUAUGUAUAUGGGAACUGAUUUUUAUAUUCCACAUAUAUAAAGUUGUUUAUUUAUUCACUGUAAGUUUAUUUUUUUCUACACAGGAACUUGUGCUAUAUUAAUUUAUAUAUCAUGAAACUGCAUCCCAUUGUGUGUAAAUACCUGUGUUUCAGCUCUUCAAAGGCUCAUGCUUCUGUUUUUCAAGAACCUGGGAACAUACUGGCUAGAAAAUGCAAAAUCAAAUAUGUAGCCAUGAUUUUAAAAAUGGUUUAAAGGAGGAUAAUUAACAUGCCUUUAAGAAUGGCUUUCUCUGUAUAUUCAAUUGAUCCACAUUUUGUGGGAAGUUGCAAUGAAAGUUAAAAUGUUGAUUAUGUAACCAAAGGUUGAGGUAGUGAUAUUGCUAAAUGUUUAAAAUAUGCAUUGGCUAUGUUGUCAAAUGCAUUUAUAUAAUAUACACAUAUUUGGAAUAAAUAUUUCACACAGAAAAA